UCAUCGGGCGUUCAUCUAACGCUACGCCUUUACCUUAACCUGCUGCUUUCCCACGCGACGCGCCUGUCUGUGUGCUCUCCCGCAUAUAUAUAUAUAUAUAUACGUAAUAUACCGCACAGCUUCUUUUUCUUUCCCUAUACUAUGCACACUUUGCUUUCCCUCUCCUUUUGAAUCAAAAUUCUUUCUUCUGUGUUCUUCUCGCUCGCCGGAAGUCUUAAUGGCCACUUUUGGUGCGGCUGCUACUGCGAAUACAAAUCCUAAUAAAUCAUUUGAGGUCAGUUACGACUGGGAAGUGGCUUUAUUAGGUGUUUAUUUUUCUUCAUUGCUGUACACCUUGUUUGCAAUAAUUUUGCAGGUGAGGUGUUGGGAAAUAUCAAAAAAUGGAACUGCUUUAGCAAGUGCUCCCAAAACAUCAAUGUCACAUGAUCAGCCGGUAUUAUGCUCUACCUGGAAAGAUGAUGGCACAACUGUAUUUACUGGAGGCUGCGAUAAGCAAGUGAAGAUGUGGCCUUUACUCUCGGGUGGUCAAGCUGUGACUAUUGCAAUGCACGACGCACCAAUUAAAGAGAUUGCUUGGAUCCCAGAGAUGAGCCUCCUAGUAACAGGAAGCUGGGACAAAACUUUAAGAUAUUGGGACACCAGACAGCCUAAUCCAGUUCAUACUCAACAACUUCCUGAACGCUGCUAUGCACUGACAGUAAAACAUCCUCUGAUGGUUGUUGGCACUGCAGAUAGAAAUUUGAUAGUCUUUAACUUGCAGAGCCCACAGACUGAGUUCAAGAGAAUUGCUUCACCCGUGAAAUAUCAAACAAGGUGUCUUGCAGCCUUUCCUGAUCAACAAGGUUUUUUGGUUGGAUCAAUCGAAGGGAGAGUUGGUGUACAUCACCUGGAUGAUUCACAACAGACCAAGAACUUCACUUUCAAAUGCCAUAGAGAUGGAAAUGAGAUAUAUUCUGUUAACUCUUUGAACUUCCACCCGAUACACCAUACUUUUGCUACUGCUGGAUCAGAUGGUGCUUUUAAUUUCUGGGACAAGGAUAGUAAGCAAAGACUCAAGGCCAUGUCACGGUGCAGCCAACCAAUUCCUUGCAGUACCUUCAACAAUGAUGGCUCAAUUUUUGCAUACUCGGUCUGCUAUGACUGGAGUAAGGGUGCAGAAAAUCAUAACCCAGCUGCAGCAAAGAAUUACAUCUUCCUGCACGUGCCACAGGAGUCUGAGGUUAAAGGAAAGCCGCGAGUUGGAACAAGCGGUAGAAAAGGAAAUUGCUUGUUACUGGAGCUGCGGAAAGAAGAAGAUGAAAAUGGUUGGAUGAAAACACCUCCUCCCUCACCCAUUUUUUUCCCCUACGUUCCUGUUGAUUGGUACAUGAAUCAGACUUAGGUUUUGCUGUGUCAGCAUACUAGUGUAGUUGUAGAUUAGGAAAAGGAAGCAACUAAGGUGGGUCGGUCAAUGAUUUUGUUUUUCUCCCAAAGCCAACAAGUGAAUGAAUAUGUAAAGGGCAAGAUGUUUUUAUAUUAUUUGGUGUGGUUUAUUUUGCGGGGUGUUGUGUCAGGCCCUAGGUGAUGAGAAGAAAACGAUUUCAGUCACAACAUCCGAGAGAAAACUUAAUAUCUUUCUUACCUCCAGUCUCCAAAGAGGAACUC